AUGGAGCUCCGUUGCGCCCCAGCCUCUGCCCCCGGCAUUGCGCCAAACGACACUGCGGCCGCCGCCGCCUCCUUUGGCGGCGCGCCCAUUUCCCACGGCGGCGCGGCCGCCGCCAACACCACAAAGGGCGGCAGGGAGCAGAGCGUCGGCGGCACGGCGCGGCCGCGCAGCGCGCUCGGGCGGCUGUCCCGCUCGAAGAUCCUAAAUCUGGGGGCGCCUGAGUUCGUAAAGUAUGUGUUGGACAAGGAUGGCCACGACCGCCACGAGACAGACAUCACGCGGCGGCGUUUUUGGCACAACGUGAGGCGGCGCGAAGCAGGGAUGCGGGGCAAGCAGACGAGCAAAUUCUUCAGCGCUGCCGGCAGUGGCGUGCUGGCGCCUGCAGACCUGGUGUUCACCUUUGACCGCUGGAACAAGCACCGCAACAGCCUGCGCUACGUCAAGCACCUGACGCACGUGUUCACCUCCCGCAUCUUCCGCAACCUGCGGGGCCCGGUGGUGGUGGUGAUGGCGAUGGCGGUGCUCGUGGGGACGUACGAGACGCUGAGGACGACGGGGUACCUGCCGGGUUUCCCCCACUUGGCCCACUCCGCGCUGGACGAGGGAUUCCAGCUGACGGCGUUUGCGCUGUCCCUGCUGCUGGUGUUCCGCACAAACAGCUCCUACGACCGCUGGUGGGAGGCUCGGAAGAUUUGGGGCGGAGUCGUCAACCGCUCGCGUGACGUGGUGCGGCAGGGGCUGGUGUUCUUUGCUGACGAGGACACCCACCUGAAGGAGACCCUGGCAUGCUGGGCUAUGGCCUUCCCCAAGGUCCUGAUGUGCCACCUCAGGGACAGCAUGGACGUCAAGAAGGAGGUUGGGCACCUGCUGAGCCCCCUGGAACUCGAGCUGCUGUGCUCCUCGGCACACCGCCCCAACUUCAUCCUGCAAGUCAUCUCCGAGACCAUCCGCGCCGCCAAGCCCCACGAGCUGUACCGCAUCAGGAUGGACGAGAACCUCACGUUCUUCCACGACGCCCUGGGCAGCUGCGAGCGCAUCCUCAGGACACCCAUCCCGCUGUCCUACACGCGCCACACCAGCCGCUUCCUGUAA